GAUGGAAGUAUUAUCUUAGAAAGUAAAGAGACGAAAUCAAUGACAGCACGAUAUCGUGGUGAUCAAACACUGAUUGUACGCCUCACAAUCGAUUCUGAAGCCGAUCUUGAAAGAUCGCUUAAACAAGGACCAAGGAACGAGUUCGUAGCAUUCAGAACGCCUAACGUACACGAUAAACAUGGAUCCUUGAGACCAACAGUGGUUAGCAUAUUAUGUCAGGAAGGAUGGUUACUAUCGCUUCGUACCUUGAUGAGCGCGUCGAGAUCACAAUUAUGGCCAAUUGAAACUAGGAACAGUUCCUAAUGAAUCCACCAAAAUAUAAGAAAGGGAGGCCCACCACCACGAGCGUCGGAUUUCAUUGAUCCAGACAACGGAGACAAACCCUAUAAUUGAGCGGCAUAAGACGCGCACAGUAUACUCCGAUGUCGUAAACCCGAGAAAA